AUGAAACCUGAACUUAACGAAAAAUCACAAAAUGCAUUCCUCGGUUUACGCGGGAUCGUAAAGGCAAUUGUCAAAAAUUCGAAUGGCAGCGAAGAGGUGAUGAGAACUGCUAGACUUUUCGCGAAUAUUGACGUAUCGAUGAAAUCUACCCAUCAGUCUUUGGAGAAAUUAACAUCAGGAAUUACACAACUUCAAGAAAGAAACGUGCAAAUACUUAAUACUUUAUACGUGAUUCCUCAAAUUUCUGAUAACCUGAAAGUUGAUGAGUUGAUAAAAACCUCAUCUAAUGAUUCCUAG